GAGAGCAACUGUACAGGUCAGAGAAGUUCCACAGACUACCAGUAUCACAGUAAGAAACAUUCCAGAGAAUUCAACCGAGGAUGCUGUGUCCAUGUAUUUCGAAAACAGCAAAAGAAGUGGUGGUGGGGAAAUAGAGGAGGUGAUCUUGAAUACACCAGAACGGUCAGCUGUUGUCAGAUUCAAGAAAAGUUCAGAUGCUGACUCGGUAUCAGAGCGUCCUCAUACUUUGAGUGGAACAACUGUGGAUGUGAGCCUGCAUUUUGAGUGUCUUGGAGAGUCAGGUGGCUCCAAAGAACCGCCUUCUACAAAGAUUCCAGAUCCAGAACACAUCAAGGUUGAUGUCUACAAGAUUAAAUAUCUUGUAGCAAAUAGGUCCAGACUGGAAGAAAUCAAAGAUGAACUUUCCAAAAUACACAGUGACGUUGAAAUAGAUGUUGGCAAAAAGGAAAUCACACUCACCCCAACUUUUACCGCUGAGCAAACCAGAACCAUCAGUCGAACUUGGUCAAGAGAUGUAGUAACGGCAAUGGAGAAACAGCUGGACACAAUCGUGGUGCAGAUGAUUGAUGUCAAUACUGAAGUGUGGCCCGAUGUGGAGUCUAAAGUGAGAGAAUUUGAAGGGGGAGAUCCGAAAGUUUUUACAGAGGAGUCUGACUGUCGAGUCGUUGCAGUUGGGUCGAAGGAACUGGUAGCUGAAACCAUCAGAAAGAUGAACGAAGUUGUUAAAGACAUACAGGCAGAAAAUGAAAGACGUAAAAAUCAAGUAACUGAGAGAAAAGGGUAGCUGGACCAAAACUUCGUAUUUUAGAAGCAAAAGGUUUUCUGAACAAGUUUACCCAAGAAUAUAUUAGGGUAACCAUCGACAUUGAAGCAGGCGAGAUUGUAUUUGUCGGCCCAGCAGAAGAAGUACAGAAUGCACAAAUGCAGAUGUAUAGUGAACUAAAUGAAAUUUCAUCACAAACAAUAACAAGCUUUUCAGGGAAUAUGACAGAGCUACUCAAGCGUCCCACUGUACAGGAAUACCUCCUACAGAAACUGGAGCAACAGAACAUGGCUGCUGAAGGAUCCUGGGAGCCUGGAAUGGACGGCAUCAUCAUAUACUACACCAGCAGUUCAGGUUUGGAGACAUUGGUACAGUUCUUGAAAACCUCAGUUAAGGAAGGAACUGUGAAGCUUGACAGUGAGCAAACGCCUCUGCUGACGUCACAAGGUUUUGUUGAAGAAGUUGAAAACCUAAAACGAGAUCGACAAGACAGAUUGAUCAUCACUCCUCUGGUGGACAGGAAACGUCUCUGCAUAACAACUGUCUGUGAAGAUUACAGCUAUUCCCAAUCGGCAAUAACCAACUUCCUUCAAGUUAAUACCAUCUACACAGAGGAAAUGACUUAUAGUCAAUCCAUUCUAAAGUUUCUUUCUAUGCACUGCAGAGCGAACUUAGACAGCAUCACCCAGGACCUGAAACAGUUCAGUGUCCGCUUCGUUUGCAAGGAAAGUCCACAGUUUUCUGUAACACUGAAGUCUACCCAAAAGGGUGUCACUCAAGCUAAGAUGUUUCUCAAGGGUAUCACUGACACGAUUUCAUGUCAAAAGCGUGUUCUGCAACGACCAGGUAUAUAUGACUUCCUUCACUCAGGAGAUGUCAUACAACAAGUAGAGAAGAAUGCAAAAUGUGUCAUCUCAAGGAGCGGUGCCGAUUCUGAUGAGGCGACAAAUACUCGCCCGUCAUCUGAUGAUGUCUCAGAGAUGAAAUACGAACUGGCUUUUGAUUGUGCUCCAUGGCCAGACAUGAUGAAGAAGAUCCAUGUUGUGGUUGGCAGUAUGGUUCGAUUGGCGUCUGAUGUUGAGGCAGUGGUGGUUGUGUUGAAGAAAGACCUGAGCCCAGAUUCAAAACAAGCUGCAGCUGUCAUUGAAAAAGCUGGAGAAAGUGUAAUGGCUACAGUCAGAUCCUCCGGAAGAUGCAGCAUGGAAGGAGAUGUAAUGGCAACACCAGCCGGGCGACUUCCCUGCAAGCGGCUUAUCCAUGCAGUUGGUCCUGACACAAACAGCACGUAUGAUGUGCAGGAAAUUAUCAAAGCAGUUGUCAUUGCUAGUCUGGAUGAAUCUGAUCAGCAACGUUUGACCUCAGUGGCACUCCCUGCUUUCAACACUACAGUCACACACAGGUCAAUGUCUUUCGAUGAAAGGAUCAAGUUCAUCUUCGAAGGAAUAAGAAGCUUCUACAGCAACAGCAACAAUGUCCAGGAUGUUUAUAUUUGUUUGGAAGAUUGGACGGAUUGUCAGCCGGCAUGGAAACAGUCUGUCGCUUUGUUUGGGGAGGAACGUGUUUUUGCAAACCAGAAGGAAGAAGAACAUGUGCGAAUGCCCUCCCUUCGUGUCCGUAGACGACGAGGACACCCUCUUGGCGCAAGUCAGUCCCAGCUGAAUCUGUCGGCAAUGGUUCCACCUGAAAACGAGGAGAUACCAGCUGCAGCAGCUGCACCGGUUGCUGAAGCACCUGUUUCCAAUAUGCCCAAACCUCGAAUAUUGUUGGUGAAAGCGGAUAUGGGAGUCGAGGAGGCUGACGUCAUCGUAAGCUCAUCUAACACCAACCUGGAUCUUGAUCGUGGCAUGGUGUCGAAAUCACUUCUGAAACAUGCAGGCCCGUCCAUUCAAGCUGAGUGCAAAGAGAAGUACCCGGAUGGAAUACAAUUGGGUGACAUAGCAGUAACGAAGGGAGGAGACAUGCAGUGUGUUGAACAGAUUUAUCACUGUGUUUUGCCCAACUGGGAUGAUGGUACAGGGACACAGACACUGAUUGACACUUUGAACGCCCUGCUCCUGAAGGUCCACAAUGGAGGCUGGAGGUCCAUGGCCAUACCUGCUCUUGGAACAGGAAAUCUUGGCUAUGCCAGAACUCUGGUUGCCAAGGUUAUGUAUGAAACGGUGAUCCAGUUUGGGAAGGACAAUACCGACACUCCCAUCAGAGAUGUCCUGUUCAUUGUCUACCCUGGAGAUAAAGAGAGUUGCAAGGUUUUCGAGGCAGAGAACAAAAAGUAUGUGGAAUCUCUCGGUGGAAAGGUUGCUGACUCUCAGAAUGAGAUCGAUGCCGAGAGAGAGCUUCAAAUGGAACUGUACAGGGAGAAUCUGAAAGCCAACAAGGAAAAGAGGGAUAAUCCAACCCAAGCACCUGUAUCUGGCAAUCCCAUAUCUGGAUUCUUUGGGGGAAUUAAAAAUUGGUUAUCUGGCAAGAAAACCGAUGUUCCAGCACAUGGUCAACCGCAUGAACCAGAUUUCAGCUCACACAGCACCUCCAAACCUUCAGACAGCAACUCCAAACCUUCUGAGAUGUCUCUCUGGUUCUAUACAGAUCAACCAACAAAUGUUCAAAAAGCUGUUGACAUGAUAUACAGCGAGUUGGAUAAGGAAGAACAGUGUAAAGUUAUCAAAGAGGCCUCCCUAAAGAAAUGGAGUCAAGAGCAGAUUGACAAAUUGAACAAACUCCAACAUCAGCAUGGAGUACAAAUGAAUGUGAAUAGGCAUAUGGGUCGCAUCAGGGUAACCGGCCUUUUGUCCAACGUAUCGGAUGCGUGUAACUCUAUCUACCAGAUGAUCCGAGAAGUUGACAAGGAAAUCAACGAACAACAGUAUGCUGAGGAGCUACAGAAGGUGGUCCAGUGGUAUUAUAUUGAGACAGACGAAGAGACGGCAAAUAACGUCAUGACCAAGUAUGACCUUCUGACGAAUGCGGUGCUGGAGAAAGCCUUCAAGAAAGGGCAGACGAAGAAAGUUGAACAUGAUGGUGUCGUGUUCGAUUUCAAUGACUGGGUUGAAUAUCCUGUUGACGAUGACCAAGACCAAGUGAAGAUUAUUAGAAAAGAUUUUGUGAAAGGUUCCUCUUCGAAAGUCCCCGACACGUGGGAACAGGCAGGUGAUGAAGUUUCGGUCAAACAGGUGGCUGCAGGGACUCCCGAGUAUCAGAGCGUUUUGAAAACUAUCACAGACUCGUUUGGUGGAGGAACACUCCAGGUCAUUAGGAUUGACCGAGUCCAGAAUAACGUCCUGUACCAGCAGUUCCAUGCUAAGAAGAACCAGUUGGAGAACCAGAACCCUAACGUUGUUGUAGAGAGGUAUCUAUGGCACGGAACCAAGCAGGAACACACAAUGAAUAUCUGCAACUAUGGAUUUAACAGAAGCCACUGCGACAAGAGCCAGAGUGAGUAUGGGGAGGGAGUCUACUUCACCACUACCGCCCCUGCAGCCGCCCAGGACAGGUAUGCCCCUGUAGACGCCAACGGGAAACGGUACCUCUUCCAGAGCAGAGUCCUCACGGGAUCCUUCACGACGGGCCAGGCCCAACUGAGAGUCCCACCUCCUCGUGAUCCCGCUAAGCCAGAACUCCUGUAUGACAGUGUGGUCAACGAUCCAGCCGACCCCAAGACCUUUGUCAUUUUCAGCGAUACCCAAGCGUAUCCAGAAUACUUCAUCACGAUCAAAUGUUAGCUUUUCAUGUCACAGGAUGUCAGUCAUUGAUGUUUUCUCUGGUCUUAUACAAAUAUUAGCAGUGGUUGCAAAUAUAUAUUUGUGGCUUAGUUUUAGCUAUAUAACUUGAACUGUACCUUGUUUUUUGUUGAUUUAUAUGGUAAUGCACCUGUCUGUAAAGUAUAGUACUGAAAAGGGAUUUCUCGUAGAGGCACAAGUGUUUGUGUUCUACCUUUUUUCAUAGAUUUAGGUAUACUAUAUAACUUGUAAUGUGAAAUAAGAGGUUGUAAUAUUGUGAAAUAAUAUUGUUUUAUCAUGAGUAAAUUUUGGUGGCCAUAAGUAUGUUUUGACACAUUAUUAUAUUGACAGAUUGUCACAUUCUGCCUUUAUUCCCAUAAUAAGCGUCCUUUUCAUUCUGCAUUUUCUUCUUGUGAGCACAAAAAAUCAUGUUCCUGUCUAGAUGUUGUCUUAAUGUACAAAUGCGAUAAUUUAUUGCACUACGAACUGUACAAUACAACAUUAAGGUUUUGAUAGGGGAACCUUGUAUAUUGUAUGUUUCAUUGUAAACUAUAUUAUAAAUUCAACUUACAAACUUUCAACCUUACUUGCCUAUUCAAUAUGGCCUCGAUAACGUGUUUGUGUAUGGAUCUUAUUGAAACAUAUCAGAUUUUGUAUAUGUCCAACUGGGCUGCUGAAGGAGCUUCAAAUACGAGGGUCCGUCUAAAAGUACUCGGUCUCACCUAGAUAUUAACACAAAUGCAGCUGUUUUAUGUUAUAUUUUUCUACAUGUUAUCUGUCAACCUCAUGCAAAUUAGGUUUUGCUGUGUUCAAGCAGGGAGAAUAGAAGACGUGCUGUAGAUUAUCCCUGGUUCAAGCCUCACGAUCCCCAUUUUGACUUUUUAUCUUGGUACUCCCCAAAACGCAAAAUCUGCAAUAAAUGCAUCACUAACUUUAGGAAACAAAAUAUGCAAUAAACAUUUUGUGUGUUUGAGGUAGGAAGAAGUCGGCUAGAAUCAAACUUAGAUAUUAAAGUGCAUAUGCAAACAAUUUAAAACUAAAAAUGUUUACUGAAAGAGCAUGUUUUGGAGACACUACCCACCCCUUUUCAGAUGACGUAAUCAUAAGGACAUAACUUCUUUUUUUUCACUUAUCCAUACAUGAUGCCAAUGGUUCAAACUCAAUAUUGAAUGGCCACACACCUGUCAGCUCUCGAUAUAUUGUAAAUAGGGCCGGCUUGAAUAUCUGGACACAAUGUUUUUGAAAGACUAAAAUGGGGGUGUCCUUAAAAACAGCCCCGUGUAAAUCUAAAUUAAGCAAUUCAAAUAUUUGACUGUUGAUUAUGACGGGAAGUCUUCCAAUACUACACUGAGCAUAUUUUAUGAUAUUAUCUGAGGGCAUACCAUUAUCCAAGAGGUGCCAAUGACAGAUCGUUUUUCAUUUUCUGCAAUUCUUUAGAAACAUAUUCCAAUGUGUUGUGAUGACUAAUAUCUCGUUAACUGCAUUACCCACAUAAGUGAAAUUUUGGUUAUGGCUUUGCUAAUGAUGCCUUCCAACUAAGGAGGAAGCUUUUCAAACAUUGGACAUCGAGAAUAUAGUUAAACCGAGUACUUUUUGACCGACCCACGUACACGGAGACAAGAUGUUUCAGAUAGUCGGGAAGGUUAUCGUUGUAGAGGCAGACAUGAGUCAGAAUGAGGAUUUUGAAGGUAAUUCUUGCAGAGCAUAAGAAUCACAAUAAUCGAGACAAGGCAUUCUCUGAUGUUCAUGUUUUAUGUACUUUUUUCAUUUUAGCGAAAGAGCAAUGGUGCACCUGUACUGACCUGUAGGCAGUUUGUAACAGUGAUUAUCAUGUGACAAGUUUUAAUGAAAGGUCCGCCGUGUUAUUGCUGGAAUAUUGCUAAUAGUGUAAAACUACACUCACUCAUUCACUUUUAGAAAAGGCCAAGACGUUAUAUAUUUUGAAAUACUUCAUCAUGAUCACUAGGAUUACAAGUCUAACAACGUGAUAGAAUAACAAUACAUAAGCACGACCUUUGCUGACAGUCAGAACAUAGAAAAUACGAAGUUUAGGAGGAGUAUGGCAAUACAACACAACUGAUGUGUAUGACAGUACGGAAGAAAACGUGCUCUUCAUCUGUAAGACUUCCUAUUAUAAGUCUGUCAUAAAGUGUAAAAUGAAUUACAAGGAAAUCAUUGUUUUCUGGAAAUCAGUGCCUCACAACGUUGAUUCUCUUAUGGGUGAGUGAGUUUAGUUUUACACCUCGUUUAGCAAAAUUCCAGCAAUAUUACAGCGUGGACACCAGAAAUGUGCUUCACUGAUUGCACCCAUGUUGGGAAUCGAACCGGGUAUUCUGCGUGACGAGCGAACGCUUUAACCCCUAGAGCUACCCCACCGCCCCUGAUUCUAGUCUGAGACAGUCAGGAUCGGGUUUGAUUCCGUUGUAGACGUAAGAACAAUGUCUCUUGUUUUUAAUUCUUGUUACGCACGUGUAGGUUGCACUGAUCACGUGUUGAUCACGUGUAUUAUUACAGACUCAACGUCCCAUUGUGACGCUUCUUUGAUUAACUCUAUCUGUGAUAUGGGCAACCGUUGGUAUCUUCACUUCUGGGCACAGGAUAUGAUAAGGGACCACUUGAAAUGAUUAUUAUGAUGACACGUAAAGACAUUCCUACAUUGGUUAUGACACACAGCUCGUCUAAACCCAAUGUUUCGAUUUUUGGACUUCAAGUCGAACCUUUGAAAAAUACUUCCUGGACCGUACACAUAUUUUAACCCCUAUUUUGCCUUGUAAUGUGCAUCACAAAGGUGGGGGUGUUUUAAUUUCCAUUCAUAUGAGUACAUCAGCUAUGAUAAUGUUGUCUAACUAUUUCGAUCAUGUGUAGAUCACGUGGGCCAGGAAGCACCUGUGUCAUACCUUGUCUUUAAGACAUAUUGUAUUUUUCCUUAUAUACAGCGGAUUGGUGAUGAUCGAUUACAGUAAAUACAAUCUGAAUCUUAUGAAUUAUAACAUUCCUAUGCUGACAGAUUUUACAGUUAUUUUAAUCAUGUAGGUUGAUUGCCUGUUAUGUAUUUACUGAAUGACCUAUGUCACCUUUGAUAAUACGAGGAGAAUAGUGAUUUUAUCCCACAGUAUGAAAUUGCGUUUAAAAUGAUAUUGUGUUAACAUUUGUAAACAGUCUGCGAAAAUAGCUUUAUUUUGUACAUCGUGUAUGGUAUACAUUAAAUUUGAAUGUAGGUUUAUUUGGAUAUAUUUGCAUGUCAGACAUAAAUAACAUGGUUAUCACGGCCGUGUUAUUAGUAUGAUGAUAUUAGUAGCGAUAUUCAAAAGAUCUGAUUGAAACUUAAGGCCGUAUAUAAAAAUAUUCUUGUUUCUUAUUACCGCCUGACCCAAACACCCGACCCGACCCUAUGAUUUUAUAAUUUCUUUACACCAGAGAAAAUGCUUUGACUCUCAAAAUGUGCAUGACUUUUUCUACACUUCUAAGUUUUGAUUUUCUAUCGGAGCAAAGGUGUAAAUUUCCACAGAAAUCAAGGGGUUUUGGACAUAAAAUAAAAUAAAAUGUAAAAAUAAAAUCCGAUCAUAUGUCUUUUUAAAAGUAAUGAGAAACAAGUAUAUUGUUUAUGUGGCCCUUUUUUGAAAACAGAUGUUCAGGCGAAUGACUCUAUCUGUGUGUACCUUGAUUAAAGAAUAAAGGAGAA